GCACAUGCUGGUUUGUUCACCCUCAUGACAGGAAGAAGAGUGGUCACAACGUGUGUCAAAUUGGAAAGUCAAUGAAUUAAUUGGAGUCGCGAACAAUGUUUUCUGUAAAUGUCUUUCGUAGAUUUCGACCCUGUGUUGUCUCUCAGUCGUUCAGGUACAUUCACAUUACGGCCGCGCGACAGGGUGCGCCGCUGCCCGCGUCUUGUUUCAAAACAGUUGGUGGAAAACAGCUAUAUGCUGUCGGAAGGUCGUUCCUCAACAUGAACAACAAGGUGCAGUCCCACUGUCCAUCACCCUGUUUUCUCUCUGCACUCGCCCACUCCGAGGAUGGGAACCUCAUCUACACUGGCAGCCUGGGCAGUGCUGUUCGAGGGGUAAAGAUGUUCUCGUACAGCACCAGCGGGGCCAGCCUCUUCCUCAUGCCCCACAUACUCCUGAAGACAGGACUAGGAGUGCAGAGCUUUGCUUUGCAAACUGCUUUUUGUGGAGUGAUUGGCUUCUUCACCUUCCUCACCCCUGUCCUCCUUCAUCUCAUAACCAAGGGCUACGUGAUCCGCCUGUAUCAUCACCCAGACAGAGACACCUACACUGCUGUCACCUACAGUGUGUUCCUCACGGAAAAAAAGAGCGUGUUCCACCAGAGCCAGGUCAAGAUCCCAGCCAUUAGCAAGAUGUUCACCACCUUCUACGUCAACAACAUGGGGCUGCUGGUAAACCCAGACCUGUUCACUUUACCUCAUGACUACAAUCACCUGAUGGGCUACGAUAAGCCCUUUAGCUUCAACACAGAUGACAUGGACAGUCCCAAUAAGAGCUGAGAGACUGACUGGACUGAAACCGGUCAAAUGUGGUGUUAGCAUAUUAAUUACAUCCACAAGUCCAAACUGCAUAGUACAGACAGUCCCGGGGCGGAACAACCACGGAAGACUUGGCAACUGAAAUCAUUUCUCAACUACAUUAGAUUUUUUGGUUAAUGUUUUAAAGGAUGUGUCAUGAAAAUGAAUUAAAUAAAUUAUCAUGUCAUUAUCAUGACCUGUUACCUGUUUGAAACAGUUUCCUUCUGUUGGCCUCAUUGUUGGUGUCAUGACAGAGAUGCAGUCACUCUCUGACUGUCAUGACAUGAACCAAAUUCUAUUGAAAAAUACAUUUUCAUCCUCAGUUUUGUAACCUGAUGUUAUUUCAUACCCCUGUCACCACUGGAUGUCAAGUGUUUCAGUACUACUGCUGAUUAAAAUACCAGGGUUUUAGUACUGACACCAAAGCAAUGUUUCAUUAACUUACCAUGUGGAAAACAAGUCUUUUCAAGCCAAACUUCACAAAUGUUAAGAAAAUGCAAGCAGCUGUAGAGUAACUUUUGCAGCAAUACAAUACUGUCUAAAAUUUUAAA